CAGAUGCCAGUUCAGUCUCUGGUUCAAAACAAAAUGGACGUGAGCAGCUACAGCUACGAUCCACUGGCGUCGUCUACACUGUCGACCCGCUCGACGUCCUCGCUGAGCCAGUCGCAGAUCUUCACUGCCCAGCAAGCGUCUGGAGCGCCAGGAGCGUCAGGAGCGUCAGGCGCAUCGGCGUCAGGUGCCACUGCGACCUCCGCCGCUUCGGCCUCCUCGUCCCUCCAGCAGCAGCAGCUCAUCCAGCUCGCAGCGGCAACGUCGCUCGCAUCCACGUUCGAUACCCUCGAUCUCUCUGGAUCGGUGAACGACGCGUCGUCGGGCUUCCUGCAACUCUUGGUCCCGCAGCUCUCUGCCGUCGCUGCCCAGCUUGCUGAACUCCAACUCGGACAAGAAUUGCUGCUGCAGACAAUCCGCGAUGAGAGCGAAGGAUUCAAGUCGCUGCCUGACUUGCAGAACAUUACAGACACGAUUGCCAAAAUCCCAGCAUACCAGCUCAAGUUGGUCAACUUCAGACGCGAGAUGCUAUCAAUGCACGAACGAAUGGCACGGUUGAAGAAGCGCGCGACCAAACUGAAGGAGCGACGAAUCGAAGAAGAUAACAAAACGUCAGUCCAAAAAGCCAAGGAGCAAGAAAAGGAGAAGGCUCUGAUGGCCAAACCGUCAGACGCGCUGCUAACAGUUCAGGACGACACUCCAGCUGCCGUUGUUGCCAUACCUGCUGCGACCGCCGCCCCAUCCUCUUCGUCCACCGAGCGGAAGCAUGCUGCGACUGCAUCCAUUGCCCCAGCACCAAAAGAGCCGACUCCCAAGUCCUAAGUAGCGCUCUGGCUUGCCAAGACGCUGCUGUUGCUGCUGUUGCUGCAAUUCAUUUUUUUUUUCGUUCGCAUUUGUCUGUGGAUAAAGUUUCACUGUG